AAGGUAGGUGGUCUCCUAAGAAAGUGCUGAGUGGGUCAGAGCAUGCCCCCUGCAGACUCUGAAGUCAAAAAAGAUUCUUUAGAGACACUAGAGUUGGAACAAUAGUGGCGUCCCAGUUGACUUGGUAUAGUUCCUAAAAUGUAUUUUGUAUUCAUUAUAGCAACAGCGGGGGCUAUUGCCACACUUGCUGCUGCCGCCCUAACAGCAGUGUUAAUAGUGAAGCGAUUGAGUAACUUAAGAAGGAGCACAAAUACGGACUAUGAGAGUACUGAAUAUGCGGAUAAAAAUUCCGUGUCAAAUUCCAAGGUGAAACAGGAAGCACACAAAAACUUGGACGAGCUGGAAGAGGGAUUACACAAGGAAUUGGAUGAGAAGGGUCACCAGACACAGGAACUGGACGAGAAGGGUCAGAAUGUACAUGAAGAACUAGAUAAGAAGAGCCCACAGAUACAUGAAGAACUGGACCCUAAGGAACGUGGGACACAGGGGCUGGAUAAAAAAGAGCCAAAUUCACACUGGGAUGUGCAUGGAAAGGACCAGGACCGCCAGACUUCGAGUCGCAGCGCCCGCAGUGGGGACCCGCAGCGGGACGCGGUCUCCGCAGCCCGAGCCUUAAGCGGGAUGUCGGUGGUGGGCAUUGACCUCGGCUUCCUCAACUGCUACAUCGCUGUAGCGAGGAGCGGCGGCAUCGAGACCAUCGCCAACGAGUACAGCGACAGGUGCACGCCGGCCUGUAUAUCUUUGGGAUCCAGAACUCGAGCCAUUGGAAAUGCAGCUAAGAGCCAGAUAGUCACAAAUGUAAGAAAUACAAUUCAUGGCUUCAAAAAGCUUCAUGGGCGAUCAUUUGAUGACCCCAUUGUGCAAACGGAGAGGAUCAGGCUUCCGUACGAGCUGCAGAAGAUGCCUAAUGGAAGUACAGGUGUUAAGGUGCGGUACCUGGAAGAAGAGCGGCCCUUUGCAAUUGAGCAAGUCACUGGGAUGUUGCUGGCUAAGCUUAAAGAGACCUCAGAAAAUGCUCUGAAGAAGCCAGUGGCUGACUGUGUGAUCUCGAUCCCGAGCUUUUUCACCGACGCAGAGAGAAGAUCCGUGAUGGCCGCAGCCCAGGUUGCAGGCCUAAACUGUCUGAGGCUGAUGAAUGAAACCACUGCAGUUGCACUGGCAUAUGGAAUUUAUAAGCAGGAUCUUCCCUCAUUAGAUGAGAAACCAAGGAAUGUUGUGUUUAUCGACAUGGGACAUUCUGCCUACCAGGUCUCUGUUUGUGCUUUUAACAAAGGAAAACUGAAAGUGUUGGCUACUACCUUUGACCCAUAUUUGGGUGGCAGGAACUUUGAUGAGGCUUUAGUAGACUACUUCUGCGAUGAAUUCAAGACCAAAUAUAAGAUAAAUGUCAAAGAGAACUCGCGGGCCUUGUUGCGGCUGUAUCAGGAGUGUGAAAAACUAAAGAAGCUGAUGAGUGCAAACGCGUCAGACCUUCCCCUGAACAUCGAGUGUUUCAUGAAUGACCUUGAUGUUUCUAGUAAGAUGAACAGGGCUCAAUUUGAGCAGUUGUGUGCUUCCCUCUUAGCCAGGGUUGAACCACCUUUAAAAUCAGUAAUGGAUCAAGCUAACUUACAACGUGAAGACAUAAACAGCAUAGAGAUUGUGGGAGGGGCCACACGGAUUCCUGCAGUCAAGGAGCAGGUGACUAGGUUCUUUCUGAAAGACAUCAGUACCACCCUGAAUGCUGAUGAAGCUGUCGCCCGAGGAUGUGCGUUGCAGUGUGCGAUUCUCUCACCAGCAUUUAAAGUACGUGAAUUUUCCAUAACUGACCUUGUUCCUUACUCAGUCACAUUAAGGUGGAAGACUUCUUUUGAAGAAGGGACUGGGGAAUGUGAAGUCUUCUCUAAGAACCACCCGGCCCCAUUCUCAAAGGUCAUAACUUUCCACAAGAAGGAACCAUUUGAACUAGAAGCAUUUUAUACUAAUUUGCAUGAAGUGCCUUAUCCUGAUCCAAGAAUUGGAAACUUCACUAUUCAGAAUGUUUUCCCACAGUCUGAUGGUGACAGUUCUAAAGUAAAAGUUAAAGUUCGUAUUAAUAUCCAUGGAAUCUUCAGUGUGGCCAGUGCGUCAGUAAUUGAGAAGCAGAAUCUGGAAGGUGAUCAUAACGAUGCCGCUAUGGAGACGGAAGCUCCUAAGAGUGAAGGCAAAGAGGAUGUGGACAAAAUGCAGGUUGACCAAGAAGAAGGAGGUCAUCAGAAAUGUCAUGCUGAGCACACCCCAGAAGAGGAGAUUGACCACACCGGGGCCAAAGCAAAGGCACCUCCUUCAGAUAAGCAAGAUCGCAUAAAUCAAACUAUUAAAAAAGGGAAAAUCAAGAGUAUUGAUCUACCUAUCCAGAGUAGCCUCUACAGACAGCUGACUCAAGACCUUCUCAAUAGUUACAUUGAAAAUGAGGGGAAGAUGAUAAUGCAGGAUAAAUUAGAGAAAGAAAGAAAUGAUGCUAAAAAUGCUGUUGAAGAAUACGUCUAUGAUUUCAGAGACAAAUUGGGCACUGUCUACGAAAAGUUCAUCACUCCAGAAGACAUGAAUAAGCUGUCUGCAAUGUUAGAAGACACAGAAAAUUGGCUGUAUGAAGAAGGAGAAGACCAGCCUAAACAAGUUUAUGUGGAUAGGCUGCAGGAAUUAAAGAAAUAUGGCCAGCCCAUUCAAAUGAAGUACGUGGAGCAUGAAGAGAGACCAAAAGCUUUAAAUGACUUGGGGAAAAAGAUUCAGCUUGUCCUGAAAGUGAUAGAAGCACACAGAAACAAGGAUGAAAGAUAUGAUCAUCUGGAUCCUGCUGAAAUGGAAAGAGUUGAAAAGUACAUCAGUGACUCCAUGAACUGGCUAAACAGUAAGAUGAAUGCACAGAAUAAAUUAAGUCUCACUCAAGAUCCCGUGGUAAAAGUGUCAGAAAUAGUUACAAAGUCAAAGGAACUGGAUAAUUUCUGUAACCCCAUCGUUUAUAAGCCCAAACCAAAAGUAGAAGCUCCUGAAGACAAAGCAAAAACUGGUAGUGAGCACAAUGGACCAAUGGACGGACAGAGUGGUUCAGAGACCAGCCCAGAUCCACCCAAAGGAAGCUCACAGCACACCGACUCCGGAGAGAUGGAAGUGGACUAAGUGUCAUGUUAUCCAAGCAGUGGGUUAACUAAAGGGCCCAUUCAUCCUUUAUGCCCGGUACACACAACAUAUGUUCAGUUGUUCUUAACUACUUUUGUCAUUUGUUUUUUGGAGUAGUUUUGAAAAGUGUCUAUAUUGAGUACACUAUUGCUGUCCAUUGCUGCUGUGAAGCCCUAGCUGAAUAUAGAUGUACAAAUCAGUUUGAGCUCUCCUUACAUACUUUGUGUCAGUAUGCAGGACUGCUAUGUACUCGGCAACCAUCCACUGUAGUCACAGCUUCUACUUGCAUAGCCCUCAGCUCCUCGAUGCAGGAAGGGGGCACUGCAUUGCUCUUUUGUUGCAGAGGCAGGGGGUAACUGCAUUAUUAUUGUGAAACAAACCGAUGUGGUUUAGAGCCACCAGCACUGACCCUUUCCUAGUUUCCCUAAUGCUAUCACUUAAAUAUUACAACAAAUGGGAGGUUCUGACAUCCUAGACCAUCUCACUGAUGCGCCACCAGGAAUCCAGUCUUGUCAUUACAUAAAUAAUCUAAAUGACACUCAGAGAGGGACAGUGCAGUUUGACAUUCAGAUAACAGCAGCAUUGGCUGCUUUUGUUGGUAGCAUGGAUUCAUGUUUUCUCAGAGGAACUUUUCACUUGAAACUGUUGAUCUACUUGUCCAAAAGACCAGCUGCUGCGACACUAAUGCUAAGCCUAUGGGGAAGCACUGUUGACCUGCUCAGGUGCACAUCUGUGAUGCCGACAGACUUGGUUCAGUUUUUAUAGUUGUGUUGGUUUUCUUAAUUGAUUUUUGUUAAUAAUACCUUAAUCCAGGGUAGGGAGACGUUGCACAAUGCAUUGCAUUAUAUAUACCUAUCACUGAUUUAAUGUUCCAAUGUAGAUAGACACUAUUAAAUAAGCAGUAAUUCCUUGAAAGGAGUACCUGUACCAAGUCCUAGGAAAUAAUGCUUGUAAUAAACUUAACUGUGUUACAUCAGUAGGUAAAAUACAUAAUGUUACAUAGUGUAAUAUGAUAUGAUGUGAUUAAAUUAUAGUUCCUGCUGUUAAAUUGCCUUUUGAAAACUUGGCUCCAGGGUUGGUGCUUCUUAAAUGGGGAAAGGCACAGUGAACUUCAGCCAUAUUAAGGACGUGGUCUGUGGUUUAUCACCAGACUUGUUCACUCCAUUCAAUUAUGUCCUGAGCCUUGAAACUGUUUUAUUUAACCAUGGGGUAGGCUGGGGUGAUGUUUCAGUUUUCAAGGGACAGAAGCAAGACAAAAUGCAUGGGCCCUUGUGUUCCUAAUGGUCUUAACUGAAGUCCAACUUCAGUUACAAUUUUCAGAGGCUCGUUGUUUUCCCAAAGCUAAAUCUUUAUACUAAAUGCAAUACUGACUUUUUCUUAAGUAGCUAAAGACCGAGAGUAUACUAUCUUUAGGGAUAGUCAUUUCUCAAAUGAGUUCUCUAAUAGAGAUUUUGUUCCUACAAUGUAGUCUGCACUGAAAAGAGAAUAGAGGAGGGUAGGGUGGUCAUUUUGCAGGAAUUUUUAGUCAGAUUUUGGGGGUAGAUACCAUCCCUUUUUUUAUUAAGAAAAUCAUAUAUUUCCAACAUAUUUUAAAUGUCUAUAUCUUUUAUUAUAGAGAAACCAUUAGAUCCAAUAAAUGAAGAAAUACAUUUUAAGUAGAUAUCAGUUACUUUUAAUUUGUAUGGUAAAUAUAUACAUAGGUCCAUUUCAGAAAAAAAAUCAUGAUUGUAAAGGGAAUAUAUAACCACACAGAUUUUAUAGCUGCUUCCUGGUUAUCACUUACAUUCCGUAAGGAGCUGUUCCUUAGGACCGGUUGGAAGUAGAAGAAACAUCUCUCCCUGCACCCGAAUGUCCAGUGGAGCCUCAAGUUUUCCAUCCUGCUGUUAAGUUACUUUCAAAUAGUUUAAUGUUUUAGUCAGAGAAAAAAAAAUAUACAAUUAUAUAAUAUCUCAUUUAAUAAGUUUAAUACAUACAAAGAUAAUCUAUAUAUUUUACCAAUUUAAUGUGAAUUUUAAAAAAUCCCUAUGCUAUUUAAAAGAAAGAAAAUGUAUUUUCCAUAGUAGUUUUGUGUAAAUCGUAUGAUUCACCUCAUCUUUAAUAUGCAUUGAAAUAGGUAAUACUAGAUGCAAGUGUUUCCAAAGCAAAAAAGGUGCAAUUUUAAAGAAUACAUAGCCAAAGCAAUGUUACUACCCAUCAUACUGUUUAAAAAUGGAUAGAAAAUAAAAAUAUAAGUUAGUAUGGUUUAAUUCUGAAAAUACAAAUUAUCUUCCUUUAAGAAACCUACCAUUAAGCCAGGUGUGGAUUGACACACCUUUAGUCUCAGGACUGAGGAGGCGAGGCAAGCAGAUCCCUGAGUUUGAGGUAAGCCUGAUUUACAGAGCAAGUUCCAAGACACCAGGCAAUACAGAGAAACCUGCCUCAAGCCAUCUGCUCCCUGAAAAAAGAGAUAAAUCCUUAAUAACCAACUAUACAAAGACUGUUAAAUGAUACAGAAAGGAAAAAGAGAAAGGAAGGAAAGGAGGGAGGAAGGGAAGAAAGGAACUCAUGCUACAAGAUAGAGAGUAGGUACCCAGGAGUGGAGAUGGAAGGAGUCUGAACUUUCCUGUGGCCAUGCUGACUUACACUAAGAUUCUACCCCAGAAAACAAUUCUUUAGCAGUGGACAGAACCCUUAAAUUCUAAAAAGCUACAAACAUCAAGCAAUUCAGGUACUAGGAUAACAUGUCAGUUUUGCUGGGUUGGAGGUGGGUAUCAAGUGAUUAUUUCCUAUCAAGACAUCUUUAAAUUAUAGAGCUCAGUAAUCAAUUUAAAGACAGUGUUAAGCUACUCACAGUGGCAAAUGCCUUUUAUCCUAGCACUCCUUAAGCAGAGGCAAACAGGUUUCUUGAGUUCAGGCCAGUCAGGUCUGCAUAAGGAGCUUUAGACCAGUCAAUGAUACAUAGUGAAACCCUACCUCAAAAACAAAACAAAAAAAAUGUUUUUACGCAUUUUAUCAAAAUUAGCACAUCUGUGGCUGAGGAGAAAUCCACCUGAAAAUGUGGGAGACCUUGACAGAGUGGUCAGCUGGAUCAGUGUGCCCUAAACUAAGUAAAAUCAUUGUUCCAUUCUUAUACAUUUGAAUGUGAUGGUGACCUUUGAAACAAUUCCAGGGGCAUUCUCAAGUAUUUGAUACCUAGGGGUUUAGUAACUCAGACAAAUUAAUCCCUUUGUACUAAUUUUAUGAAACAGAGCUGGGGGUGGGGACAGCUCUGGCAUAGGGGGCCUCAUUAACACUCUUAACUCUGGGAUAGAACCCUAAGCAACAACAACAACAAAAGUGUCAUAUUUUAGAAGGCCUAGAGGUGACUCAUUUUAGAUAUAUAUACUUUGUUUUGGAAUAUUUGGUUGUAUAAAAUGUAAUGAGUGAGCUAAUUGAUUUUUUAGACCAUAUUUGAAGAUGUGGAUGACUUACAAGAAACACAAAAGAAAGGUACUUAUAGAGUCUGGUUCUAAUAAUUGGUACCCUCUUUCUCGGUUCCAUAUUUUUAACAACCCUUUAACAAACUAAAUAAUUUUUAAGCAGCCAGGAAAUUUUAGAGGACAGAUAUUUGACCAAAAGACUAUCAACUUUAAACAUUUAUUUUAUGGUUUCUUGUCAAGAUUUAAUCUAAAUAUUUUAAAAGCAAUUCCAAGGAAGCAUACAAGAUUUUCUUUUAAAAUAACAAAUUUAAUAUAAAUCAAAGACCAGCAUUUUAACUACAAAUGGUAGUUGUUUAACCAUCAUAUUUCUCUUUAAAGUACACAAAAUUCUUGGAUCUGGAAAGAUAACUCAACAGUCAAGAGUACUGGUUGUUCUUCCCCAAGGACCAAGGUUCAAUUCCUAGCACCCAUAUGACUGCUCACAGGCACCUGUAACUCCAUUCCCAGAGGAAUCAGCACCAUCUUUUAGCCCCAGCAGGCACCUCAGGCAAACAUUCAUUCACAUAAAAUAAACAUACAAUAUCCAAAAAUAUAUUCUUUUCACAUAUUCAGUGUCUCCUAACAAACUAGUACUGGACUUACAGUACUGCCAAAUCUUUGUUAAGUUUCAUGAUGUGUUAGUACACUGUUCUAUUGCUGUAAAGAGACACCAUGACAAAGACAACUCAUAUAAAAGGAAGUGUUGAGUUGGGGGCUUGCUUAUAGUUUCAGAGUUGAGUUUAUUUGCAUGGUGUCAGGCAGGCAGGAUGGUGCCGGAGAAGUAGCUGAGAGAUACAUCCUGAUCUACAGGCGUGAGAGACACAGAGAGAGAUAGACACUGGGCCUUAUAUGCUCUUUUAAAACUUCAAGGUCCACCCCCAGUAAUGCACUUCCUUCAAAAGACCCCACCUCCUAAUCCUUGUAAUCUUCCUCAAACCAGUUCUGGGCUCUAGUGACUAGACAUUCAAAUAUAUGAGCCUAUGGGAACCAUUCUCAUUCAAACCACUAAACAUAGCCAAAUUCUUAGUUAUUUUAGACAGUAAAGGGGCUUCUAGAAUGUUAAGAAUGUUGAAAAUCAAACUGCUUCAAAGGAAAGUAAAAAAAAAAAAAAAAAAAAAAAAGAAAAACUGUGGAAGUAGCCAGCCUUGUACGACUGCAAAAGCAGCCUCGCUGACUGGAUUUUUUUUUUUUUUAAAGAUUUAUUUAUAUGAGUACACUGUGGCUGUCUCAGACACACCAGAAGAGGGCAUCAGAUCCCAUUACAGAUGGUUGUGAGCCACCAUGUGGUUGCUUUAAGAUUUAUGUAUAUGAGUACACUGUGGCUGUCUCAGACACACCAGAAGAGGGCAUCAGAUCCCAUUACAGAUGGUUGUGAGCCACCAUGUGGUUGCUGGGAAUUGAACUCAGGACCUUUGGAUAAGAAACCAGUGUUCUUAACUGCUGAGCCAUCUCUCCAGUUAGCUAACUGGAUUCUUAAGGAUGAUUCUAGCAAAUUAUAAGAAUAAAUAGUAAAAAGAGGCAGGGACAUAUUUGUUAACAAUAUAUUGAAAUGGGAGCUUUCAAGUCAAGGAGCCAAACAUAGUAACUAAAUCAUGACCAUCUGAUGCAAGAUGCAGUCAUAUCCAUGGUACUGAAAAUAACAUGAUGCUUGCUUGGAGUAUGAUGCUAUGUCACCCAAGUCACAGGAUGAUUAUUAAAAGAACACACACACCAAAAAACAUACUUAUCCUAAAGAGAUGGUGAGAUAUAACAUGCCUUAAAUUAUAUUAUAGAAUUUAAAUAACUAGCUUUCACAAUCAGUUUGUGUGUAAAAUGUCAUUUAAAGUGUUUUCAAAUGCAUUGCUCUUACAAUUUAUUUUCCUUUAACUCUUCUAUGAUAUUUAAAGCGUGCAUCUGCCACAUUGAUGAUUAAAUUAGCAGUUUAGAUAACUUGAGUCCCUUUCCCUUUAUAUUUGAGAUGAGGUCUAGAUAUGUAGUCCUGCCUGGCCUCCAAUUUGUAAUCCUCCUGCCUCAGCCUUGAGUGCUGGAAUUGAGUGUGUGCCACCUUGACCAGCCUUUUGUUUCCUUUUUAAUACUAAACCUUACAGUCAGGAUUUGGAGUUCUUACAUCAUAUAUAAUAUGUAAUAAACCAGGAUGAAUAUUGCAUAUUCAAUAUCUCCAGUUUUAAUAGUGGCAUUGAAGUGGUUCUGGACCAAAAGAAGUCAGUUUGUGAAUGUUGUCUGUUAAGUAUUACAAAAUAACAAGGAAAAAAAAACAAAAUAACAAGGGUUAGAAGUUCAAAGUAAAAAACAGACAUCUUUGAUUUCUGAUUAAGAAAAAGCACUCUACAUCUUUUUUUUUUAAGUUUUCUAAGUUUGUUCCUUCUGAGAGAUUAAGUAAAAAACACCUUUAAAAUCAUGUCAGCCUGCUUAGAAUGUACAUGUUAAAAAGCAAUUUAAGAUGAAAAAACUAGCUUUACAGUGUGUACACUUUUUCUCUAAAAUAAACUUUUGUGGCUUUAGUGUCUUAGAAGGAGAGUCCUAACAUGAAAUGGUCAUCUCUUAGAUUUGGGAGGAAGGAAGCCACUGUUAACUGUGUAGUGUUACAGCAUAUUGCACAAAAGGUUUUGGUUUUGGUCUGGUGUAGCUUUGGCUGUCCUGAAAUGAAACACUCACUAUAUAAACCACACUUGCCUCACAGAGAUCCUCCUGCCUCUGUCUCCUGAAUGUUGGGACAAAAGUAUGUGCCACCCCUACCCAGCGAGAACAGUUUUUAAUGAAAACUGAGCUAGAUUGUCCAGUUCUGGUAAACAGUCUUCCAGUCAUCUCACAACCAUUAUUACAACCAUGUACAAAGGGACUCCACUCCACUGUCCCUGUACAAGGACUUUUGACAGUUUAGUGCUUAGUAACUAGUCUUAGUUUUCUUCCUUUUAGAAAAACUGUACAUUUGAUCUCUCAAUUCUGUUUGCAAAGCAGUGCAGAAAACUAUAAUCAAAUGUGACAUGUCUAUAAAAUAAUUUUGACAUAACAGACAUGAACAGACAUAAGAACGGCUUCCAAUGUUAAUUGAUAAUCUAUAAAUAUCAUUUUGGAAUUUGACUGGUUCACAAAUAUAUCCACAAAAUGUUUGCAUAUGGAAUAAUAGAAGCAUAUAAAACAUUGUAUGUAAAUUGCAUCUUCAUACUAGCAAACAAGUUAACAAAUGAUAAUAAAUGCAAUUCAGUUUUGGAUGUUGGUCCACAUUGUCAAGAAGUCAUGUAAUAAUAAUAAAUACAUAUUCUACCUGCUACUUGAA